ACAAAACAAUCUACUUAAAAAUGUCCUCUCCAUCAAGAACCGAAGCCAAGAAAGACCAAUUCAUUGGUAACGUCAAGAACACUGCCGGAAGCGCCGUAGGAAACGAAUCUCUCCAAGCCAAGGGCCAAGCUCAAAACAAUGCUGGUAAUGCUCAAGAAACUGCUGCUAACGUCCAAGGUUAUCUCUCAGGUGUCUCUGAUCAAGUUGCUGGCUCUGUCAAGGGUGCUUACAAUGCUCUCACUGGCGACACCGCUGCCCAAAUGGAAAACAAGGCCCAGGCUAAGAAGGGUGAAGCUGAAAAGGCUUAUAACUCUUAAGUUUGACUUAAACUUAUACCAUUUGUAAAUAUUACAUUACUUUUUAAAUAAAUUGCCGCGAAG